UUGGCUAGCGGUUCGCCACGGGGACGCACAAUUGGUUCCCAUUUCCGUCAUUCGGAAGGUGCCGAACCCGCCCUUCUCCAGGUCCCACUUUUUGAGAGAGGCGGGGAAAGCCGCCGGGAGGAGUGAGGGCCGACGCCAGCUACUGACUAAUAGAAAGAGUUGAUGGUAGGAGGCGGGAGUAAGAGCCACAGCGAUUGGUCGGCCGUGGCUGUCGGCGCCGAGGCGGGAGCUCCCGGAGGCGGAGGCGGAGGCGGAGGCGGAGGCGGAGGCAGCGGGUGGGGGCCAGGCGGAGCGGAGGAGCAACAAGAUGGCGACGGAGACGGUGGAGCUCCAUAAGCUGAAGCUUGCUGAACUGAAGCAGGAGUGUCUUGCUCGUGGUUUGGAGACCAAGGGAAUAAAACAGGAUCUCAUCAACAGGCUCCAGGCAUAUCUUGAAGAGCAUGCUGAAGAGGAGGCAAAUGAAGAAGAUGUACUGGGAGAUGAAACAGAGGAAGAAGAACCGAAGCCCAUAGAACUGCCUGUCAAAGAGGAAGAACCUCCUGAAAAAACUGUUGAUGUGGCAGCAGAGAAAAAAGUAGUAAAAAUUAUAUCUGAAAUACCACAGACUGAGAGGAUGCAGAAGAGAGCUGAACGAUUCAAUGUACCUGUGAGCUUGGAGAGUAAGAAAGCUGCCCGGGCAGCUAGAUUUGGGAUUUCUUCAGUUCCAUCAAAAGGCCUGUCAUCUGACACCAAGCCUAUGGUUAAUCUGGAUAAGCUAAAGGAAAGAGCUCAAAGAUUUGGUUUGAAUGUUUCUUCAAUCUCCAGAAAGGCAUACCUCAGAAAUAUCAUGGAUUCAGUUCCAGACUACCACAAUACAGUGAAUAUUGCAGUAAAUCUGAGGAUGAUGAGAAGCUGAAAAAGAGGAAGGAGCGAUUUGGGAUUGUCACAAGUUCAGCUGGAACAGGAACCACAGAAGAUACAGAGGUAAAAUAUACCUGGAAUGCUUCACAGGGCCCUUGAAGGGAAAAUGAAGUGAACAGACAGAAUGGAGAAACAUUGUUAUUUCCCCAACCUACUUCUUACGUGCCUAAAUGACAAGAUUUUUGGUCCUUUGCUUGAUACCUGUUUUCUGGAUAAAGUGGCCCCACUGAAUUCCAUCAAUAUACUUGAGUAAUUCACUGUUAGAGCCAGUUAACCUAGUAGGAAAGAACACAAGAUUUGGAAUCAGUUAAGCUUGGAUAAGUGACUCUGCCAUAGAGUAUUACAAUAUCUCUUAAAAGUUAUAGUGAUUUUCUGAGCCUCAUUUCAUCGUCUGGAAAGUGGAGAUAAUAGAACCUACCUCGAAGUGGUAUUUUAAGCAUGAAAUGAUUCUGUGUAAAAAGUUAAGUAUUUAGUAAGUAGCAAUGUUUCUGAUUAUCUGCCAAGCAAAUUUCUUUCAUCAUUUGGUGAAGGCCGUGUCCAACCCAGAAAUGAAGUCCUCAAAUGAGACUUGUUGUUCUUAGCACUUUAUUUACAGAUAGUUUCUCAAAAUGAAAGAAUGGCUUCUUUUUGUUUGUGCGUUAACGCUUGCGUGCAUGCACACCCCAGUGUUCUCUGGGGUAGCAUUCGCUGAGGCUCAGGGUGUUGGCAGGCGGCACUGACGUGCUGGUUUCAGAGUAUCUGUAAUGGAAACCAAGUGUCAGCAGAGGUGUAUGUGAAUGCUUGAAAUAAUGAAUAUGUUUAGGGACAUCCCUGGUGCUCCUGCGGUUAAGGCUUCGUGCUCCCAACGCAGGGAGCCCGGGUUCGAUCGCUGGUCAGGGAACUAGGUCCCACCUGCCGCAGCCAGAUAAAUAAAUAAUAAGUGUGUGUGUGUGUGUGUGUGUGUGCGUGUGUGUGUGUUUUAAUAAAGAGUCUCCUUUACCCCUUUCUUUAAAAAAAAUGAAUGUGUUUAGAAUUAUAGAAAUUUAUUAGGUGGUGAGAAAUUUGAAAUGUUGUUUCUUCCAUUUAAUCCAAAUUUACUUCUUUCCAUCUACCUCUAGGGAUGGCCUCUGAAAAUCUAUUACCUCACACACUCAAAAUCUUAAAGUGUCUUUAUGAAUAAAUAUGAGUCAAUAUUAUAGUAAACCCUGAAAAUUUCAGAAUCUGAUCAGUUUACAUUCUCCACUAGGAAAAAACUAAAGGAGUUUGUAUUCUUUGUGCUGCUAAUUCAGAAUAAAGCAUUACCUGUUGUAAGUAAAUGUCUGCUUACUUGCUGACUUGCCAAGAUGAACUAGAAGUAAACUUAGGUUACUUUUAAUUCUGGUUAAAAUUACUCCCUCUUUGCCAAGGAAGCUGUUGUUAAACCAGGCAUGCCCACUAAGUUGGUACAUUUGACCUCCAAGAUAAGGCAGCUGAGGAUUUUGUUGAGUAGAAAGGAAUAGUGGCUUUUAUUGGGAGAGUUAGUAUAUGUAAGGUUAGUAUAUGUAACUUUUGUGGCUUAUGGAGUUUAUAUGAACCAGAUGACUUUCAUUUGAUUCCAGAGAGUUGCGUGAGUAAUCCAGGUGGAGUGUGCUGGGCUUGUAUGCAUUCAGCUUCCCCCCCUGCACCCCCCCUUUUUUUUUUUUGCUGUGCAUGAUGCAGCACGUGGGAUCUUUGUUCCCUGACGAGGGAUCGAACCCACACACACUGCACUGGAAGCACAGAGCCUUAAUCACUGGACUGCCAGGGAAGUCGCACUCAGCUUUUCUUUUUAAUAUAAAUUAAACCUCUGUGGAUGGAAUGGGGAAAAAAAAAAGCCCCCUCUUCACUGGGGGCAGUGGUUAGAGUGAGGACUCAGUACUGUUUUGUGAGUUACUCCCAGAACAAAAAUAUCUUUCUCUCUUUCUCUCCCCCUACCCUCUCUCCAACACUGCCUCCCUUAAGAAAUCCAUGCUGGGGCCUCCCCCACCCCACCCCCCAUUUAUUCUGUUGGCAUUGAAGAUUUAUAUGCCUCUUUGUGGAUUUGGAGGCCGAAGGAAUAGUUGCUGAUUGGGUCUAACUGCCCAAAAGGGCAUCCCCUUCACCUUCUCCAUGAAAUAGCAUUGGUCAACCUUUUGUCCUUUGAAAUUUCCCAUCUCCCCACUGACUGGAAGACUUUCCCUAGCCUGUUUAAGGAUCCAUUGUUUCCCGGCUAACUUGCUGUAAGGCUGAGUGGCUCUCUCGCCUUCUGGAAUCUUUCCAUUUUGUACCACUAUUCUCAAUCUCCUCUCCCCCCCCCCCCCCCCCUUACUCCCCACCAUCUUCUCCCCUCCUUAUUCUCCUUUCCCAUCAAGCCAGCUCUAACUGGUUAACUGGAGAGAUUCAGACAUUAAAUCUCUGGCUGCCAAGCUUAAGCCUGGCCUUCCCUCCUUGGACCUUGUGACAGUCCAUGUGAGUUGGGAUUAAAGCAGCCAGAAACCCAGGCCACUGUUGUCUUGCAAUCUAAUUUUUUUCUUCUUGCUUCUUUCUUAUAGGCAAAGAAGAGGAAAAGAGCAGAGCGGUUUGGGAUUGCCUGAUGAAAAGCUUUUGAUGUUUUCUGUUCUCCAGUGGUUUCCAUCUUUUUGACUCUUCCUGGUCACAUAUAUACCUGAAUGCACAGUCAUGUGCCUAGGUCCUGCCUUGCAGUGAGGGAGCAUGUACCCCAGGUACAUCCGUGAACUCCAGCAGCAGUUUGACUUAUUGCAGUUCCAACUUAAAGGUUUUUGUUGUUGUGUUGUUUUUUAAUUAUUAUUUUGCUUGUUAAUAAAAAAAUAGAAAAAAGAACAAUGUGUUUUAUCAGGUGCUCCUUUGAGUUCUUAGUGCCAGAUUAGACCAGAUAAGGAGAGCCUCAGGGGCAAAUUUUAUAGAGAAUUGGCUAUAAUGCCUUUAUCCUUUAGAAAAGAGAAUGAGGAAAAGGAUUAUGUCCCUUUGAGCCUCUUUAUUUUUCUCUCAUACUCACAGACAUCCUUUUACUUCUUUAUCCUCCAUGAAGAGGCCAAGUUUCACCCUGAAUCUUUGCUUCAGCAAGUUAACUGACACAUUCGAAUAAAAUAGGGAAAACAGUGUGGGUUUUAGGAGGUGCAAAGGAUACAAACACAAGGGCUAGUGAUUGGUAGUCUGUUAUGGCAUAGAGUUCAGAGUCCCUAUUCUGGAAUCCAGAAGGGCCCUAUUUUUAGGAGUGACUUGUCUGGUUUCAGUUGAAGCCAAUAUGUGGGACCCUGUUGGUUAUGCAGUUCAGAAAAGGAGAUUGGCUGGGUACCCCUAGAGCUAGAAGAAAGUACAGGGAUUCAAAGUACGACAGGAUGUCAGAGGUGUUAAGGAUUGUUAUAUAGAUCAUUGGGAACAUACGCUGUGGACUAAAGGCUUCUGUUUUCUAAUCAAGCUCUAUGCUAGUUUAGGUUGUCUUCUGUUGCAGAAAUAAACUUUUGCAGUUUUUGGUGGCAGCAUUUCUUAGAUAUUACUAAAAUCCGUUUUCCUUGCUGAGCCUCCUACUUAGAAAGAUUUGGCUUUCCCUAAGCAGGGCUGUUUGUUUGUAUUUGAAGUUUCAUGUAGGUCUGAGACUUUCUAGUUAAUCUUUUUGGACGUGUUGGUAUAGGGUUUCUCCUCUUAAUCUUUACCUCUGUACAUCUAUAUAAGGUUGGGUAUUGUUCUUUGGUUUUUUGUUUUUUGGUUUUUUUUGAUAAUAAAACUUAAGAGCCUGGCAGCUUACCUGAAGACUUUGGUCUCAUGAUCAGAUCCUGUGUUGCUGUAGUAUAAUUCCUUGUUCCCAUUUCUACUGACACCUCUGGUUUUGUAAUUAAUAGAAAAGUAAUGGUUUGAUCACCUUCCUAACAAGAAUCUCUUUCACAAAGAGAUUGCUGGAGGACAAGGACAGGGACCUAUGUUUAGAUGCUUUAGGAAAAACAUGUCUUGGAGAGCAGAUCCAAAGAUUGCCCAUUUGUUGUGAAUUUUGCCCCAUUCUGAGACUUUGGAGAAAUGAACAAAAGGGAACCCUGGUUAAACUUCUUCCUCCUCUUCUCUCUGGUCUCUACUGUCUGCCUCCCUUUUCUUCAAGCCCUGAUCCUUAGGCUAGCUUUUCUUCUCUCUUACUCUGUCUCUCUGGAAAUGGAAGCAGAAUUAGUUCAGUUUUGUAGCUUUACAGAGAUUAUAGAUUCAGUAAGGGUUGUCUACCCAAAAUAAGAAAGAGGUAAAGGAACAGAGCAGAUGCUGAUAGUGGAGUGGACCACUACGUCCUUGUGAAGUUUUCUUCACUUUGUCUCAUCCUCCAUAAUGUUCCAGAAAGGUAUUCAGCCUCCCCACUCCCAACCUCUGCCCCCAGGAUUCUCUUCCUGAAGCCUAAUCAGUCUUUUCCUCACUUAACUCACUUUCCCUAUAUCUUUGACAGAAUAUUUCUCAAUUUGUGUGGAUUUUUUACUAGCCCUUUUCAUCCCAUUCCGGCUGUUUUUAUGUUGGUUAGAAGUCUCUCACCUCCAAGCCUGAUCACCAAAUCCUCCUCUUCCUGUCUCAUUGUAAUCAUUCCACACAUACUUUUUGAGCAUGAAUAGUUCAGGAUGCCCAUGUCUUUUUUACUAAUUCCGUCUUAAAAUAGUAAGUCCCUUGAAAGGCAGAACAGGCAUCCAAGCUCGCAAUUCUUUAUCUGGGAUCCAAGUACCCUUCCUUCCUAUCCCCCAGUCUCUUUAGUGUAGCCAAGCCAAGAUCCAGAUGUAGUUAGCUGACUCCAGGCUUGUUUUCCUGUUCUGAAGCUGUGACAUUCUCUGCAUACCUGGAAGCUCUUAAUGAGGGAGUCUAUAAAAGAUGCAGAGGGAACCAGCUUCCUCAGCUGUAAAUCUGCACCUUUUUAUGGUUCUCUAAGAUCAUUCUCUUUUUUUCUCCACCAUCACUCUAAACUGCCCUUCCCCCAACUCCAAGUCCUGGGAACUUACAAGAAGAAGAUACAGGGCUAGAAGCUUCUAUGGGGAUGAGGGCUAUAAGGAAGGAAGAUAUGAAUAAGAGCAGCACUUCUUGGUGUUGAGUCGUGUUGCCACAUCUGACAUGAGAAGCAGAUCAGGGGGAAGGAAAGACCUUAUAUAAAUAAGUGAGAAUAACUAUUUUCCCCUGUUCUCUUUUAUGAGGUUCCCUGACAGUGUCACUCACCUCUGAUUAUUGGAAUCCACCAAAAUCUAAUGUCCCCCCGCCCCGCAACAUGUCCACACUCUUCUUGUUUUUCCUUUAAGGGACUGAAAAAUGUCACAUUUUACAACUUUGGGGAUCCUUUGAGCCCAAAGUACUCCCAGCUUUCUCUGUAUUUCUUUUCCUUUCUUAGUUGUCUCUGCGUUUAAUUUUUCCACCUCUCAGGUCACUAUUAAUAGAUUAGAAUGAAAUAUUGUAUAGCAACUACUUUGGUGUAAUUCCUUGUUCUACCACACUAGCUCAACUGGCUCCAAGAUCCUAGGCAAAUUACUUAAUCAUUCUU